CCUAGCAUUUCAUCAUUUGGGCAGUGACCGUGCGAGUGGCAAGUUUAACGAAAACAUGAUGGCGCCUGUGAAAAUUUUCAUCAUGUAGCCUACAGUGUUAAUCAUUUUUACCCGUAAUAGUUAUCGAUUCGAAUUCUGGUGGUGAUUUAAUCCGUUUUCAUCGGCCUGGAACCGGUCCGGGGCUUCUUUGGAACUAGUAAUUGGCCUUGUGGAAGGUUUGGAAAAGAGUAGCAUAGCGUUUUCUGAGGUUAGAAAUCCGCUGAAAGUGACGCUUGGGUUUUGUGAAUUUGGUGCGAAAAGUGAAAAUAUGAGCUCGGAUGAAGACACUCCCGUGGUAAAACGGCCAAUAGGUCGUCCACGCAAAAUUCCAUCACCAGCAAAAGGCAAGCGACCUGAUGAGGACAUGGAUGGCAAACAUUAUGCUUGCCAGGUUUGUGACCAGGUGUUCCUGCACAAAGCCAACUUUCUGAGACAUUCGACUAGGCACGAAGAACCGGGUGGCUUCGUUUGCGUAAUCUGUCAUAUGCCGUUCACCACCGAUUGGGACCGGAACAAACACAAACGAGAGGCUCAUAGUGUGUAUCGGUGCAGGAUUUGCAGCGAUGAGUUUCCUGUCGAACAGGAUUACAAUGACCACAUCGUAGUGGAACAUGAAGGCAAAGACCGCGACUACGAGGUGUGCGAACAUUGCGGACAGAACUUCCGGACAACAUCGCAGCUGAAAGUGCACAUCGAAUCGAACUGCGGCACCCAGAAACGUUUCAAGUGUGAAACCUGCGGUCAGCGUUAUUUGUCCCAGGCUUCGCUGAAUGCCCACUCGAUCAAGCAUCAAGCGGAUACAGGCAUAUUGUGCAACUAUUGUGGAGCCAGUUUCAACAAUAAAGGUCAACUGAAAGUGCAUGAGCGCACACAUACUGGCGAAAAGCCUUAUAAAUGCACGCAAUGCGACAAGGCCUUCGCGCACCGAGAGAGCCUCAUUACUCAUUCGACGACGCAUUCUGGAGUCAAACCGUAUCACUGUAGCUAUUGUGAUAAUCGGUUUUCCUGCAUUGGAAAUUUAUUGAAACAUCGUCGAGCACGUCCCGACACCUGCGGACUCCCGCAAUAUUGUCAAACAAAUAAAAAGGUUGAUCGUCCAACUAGCAAGACUCUGCCUUCUCUAACUGAACGUCAUUCAACAGCUUCCAAAGUCAUUCAACGCAGUGGAGGGCUCCGUAAUCUGCAAAGCUCACCAGAAUCAAAGCCAAAAAUACAACGGCUCAUGCAGUUCAAACAGGAUGAGGACGAUUCAGAUGAUGAUGAGCCCGAUUUUCAACCUGACGAUGAUAGUGAUGAGGAGGUUGAUAGAAAAUCUCCAAGCAAAGUCAUGCGUUUGAAAACACAAGGCGACAAAAAACAUCAGUUGGUUAAUUUGAAAGUUGAAUCAUAUGAAUCCGAGGAAGCUUCUACUUCGGACAUUCCCAUAAAAAUUGGGAAGAGACAGGCCGAAGAGCCGCUUGAAACGUUGGAGUUGGAGGUUUCGGAGAUAAAGAUUGAAUCCGGUAUCACGUACGAGGAAGUGACUGGGGAGGAAAUAUUGGAAGAAACAAUAUUUUAUGAAGAUUCUUACAGCCAAUCGGCUAGCGAAUUGCUUAUCGAAACAGAACAUUUUGAACCUGAACGAAAAAUUCGACAGAAAAAAACACCGGUUCGCAAAGAGCGUCAUCCUAGGGAUAUUGACAACGACGAAGAGGAGGAUGAUGAGGAUUACAAUGUCAAUGAUGACGACGAUAAAGGCUCCGAAGAAGAGUAUGUUCAGCCGAAGGUGCGAAAGGUGUUCACGGAGAAACCACCUGUCAUUACUAAUCCCCGUAGGCGUGGUCGUCAACGCAUUAUUCGUCCCCCGAAGGAGGUCAACGAGAAUGUACUCUUCAUUGACGUCGAACAACGGCAACGUGAAAUUGAUGCCCAACGAGAAUUAUUCGAAUCUAAUAUGGAGAUAGCAGGGUUGGAAAGCUAUAAUUGUAAGCUCUGUCCACAUGAUUACGCGACGGCUUUUAUAGCUGCUAAACACUUGCAACAAGGGCACGGAUUAGUCUUGGAUACAUAUGCAGAAACUUUGAAAUACGGUGCACGAACGAAAACUCUUCAGUGUAAAUUAUGCAGUCGUCGGUACGCGAGCCAAGGCGCCUUGGCCACCCAUAUCCCAUUGCACGGACCAGACGGAAAACUUGUUCAUAAAUGUAAAACAUGCCAAACUUGGUUUGCUUCAGAAAAAGAAGUCACGGAACAUGCUUUAGAAGCUCAUCGAGAUGUAUUGGAAUGCAAAUUCUGUGGUAAAAUAUUCAAAACCUAUUUACUCACCAAAGGCCACAUUAAAGCCGUACAUGAGCCAAAAAGUUCAAAAAAGUUGUAUAUAUGCAACAAAUGCGGUAGAUCGUUCACUACUCGACCACAUUUGAUAGGUCAUGAAAAAUCAGAUUGUGGCCAAAAUCCAAGCUGCCGUUGCGAAAUAUGUGGUAAAUGUUUUUUAACCUUUGCUACUCUGAAACAUCACAUCAGAACACAUGGUGAUGAAUUGCCACACGGGUGUAGCUAUUGUGACAAGCGCUUCCUCACACCGACACAAGUUAAGGUUCAUGAGCGCAUUCAUACUGGUGAAAAACCCCACGCGUGUUCCUAUUGCCCCAAACGAUUUGCUCAUCAUGAAUCGCUCGCAACUCAUCUAACGUUGCAUACCGGCAUCAGGCGUUACAUGUGCUCUGGUUGUGGUUCCCGAUUCUCCUGCAUGUCCGGAGUGCAGUCUCAUAGGAAAUCGCAUAAAACGACGUGCGGAUUGAUUCCGACGCUUUCGAAAGUUGUACCCGGAUCGAACGGAUAUCAUGAAGUACCAAGCGACUACAUUUUUCCAUAUCCGUCGAAUAAAAAGCAGCCGAAUUUAGAUUAAAAUUGUCAAGUACCGUCAUAAUUGUAUGUUUUAAUUUGCAGAUACAACAAACAAUCAACUGUAGUUUGUUUGAAGAAUUUCUUUGUUCAUAUUUGAUUAUGAAAAUCAUUAAAAGCAGCAAUUAUUCAAUUA